CAUAAAGGGAAGGAGGGACUUUGCUCCAUGGGUAGAAGUUGCAGAGAGCAGCCUGGGUUUGGGGGCUGCACAGGGGAAACAUCAUGAUUUCUCUAAUCCUCAUAGGGGUACUCUCAGCUCUACUCUUAGUCGUCUAUUCUACAUGGAGGAGAGACUCCCGCUUGCCCCCGGGGCCCACCCCGUGGCCAGUCAUUGGCAAUAUCCAUCAAAUAGACAAACUGGCUCCUUACGAGACUUUAAUGCAGUUCGGGGAGAAAUAUGGACCAGUGUACACCAUAUACUUUGGCUGGAACCCGGUGGUGGUACUGUAUGGAUAUGACGCGCUGAAAGAGGCCCUUAUUGGCCAAGCGGAAGAUUUCAGUGGGAGGGCCAUUGUGCCGGUGUUUGAGAGGGUGGCUAAUCGUAAAGGGCUGGUGUUCUCUAAUGGCGCCCACUGGCAGCAGCAGAGGAGAUUCUCGUUGGCCACCCUGCGCAGCUUCGGCAUGGGAAAGCGCAGCAUCGAGGAGCGGGUGAGGGAGGAGAGCACAAACCUGCUGGAAUUCUUUCAGGAAAAGAAAGGAAACCCCUUUAAUCCGGGCCCUCACAUAACAGCGGCCGUCUCUAAUGUCAUCUGCUCUAUUGUGUUCGGGGACCGCUUUGAUACAGAAGAUGGGACCUUUCAGACCUUACUCAGGAUGGUUAAUGAGAACAUUACGUUCCUGGGCAAACGCGGCUUCCAGAUGUACAACACAUUCCCCGGCAUCCUGAAACACCUUCCCGGAGAGCACAACAAGAUCUUCCAGAAUGUUUCCAAGUUAAAAACGUUCCUCCGGGGGCUCAUAGACAAUCACACUCUCAGCCGGGACCCUAACUGCCCCCGCGACUUUGUGGAUAGUUUCCUGAAUAAAAUGGAUGAGGAGGCCGGUAACCCGGAUUCCCACUUUACCAUGGAAAGCCUGACCUACACGACCUUCAAUCUGUUCAUCGCGGGGACGGAGACCACUUCCUCCACCAUCCGCUGGGCUCUCAGGUUCAUGUUGGCCUACCCCCACAUCCAAAAGAGAGUCCAGGAUGAGAUUGACAGCGUUCUGGGACCUGACAAAUGCCCUUCCCUUGAGGACCGAGUGAAUCUGCCCUAUACGGAUGCAGUGAUCCAUGAGGUGCUCCGAUACUCCAGUGUUGUACCCAAUGGCCUCCCACAUGAAGCUCUGUAUGACAUCAAGUUUAAAGGCUACACUAUACCCAAGGGCACUCAGAUCAUUACAUUCCUCUUCUCGGCACUGAACGACAAGGGAUACUGGGAUGACCCUGAGCAGUUCAACCCUGAGCGCUUUUUGGAUAAAGAGGGCAAGUUUGUGAAGAACGAGGCACAUUUACCAUUUGGCGCAGGCAAACGCGCUUGCAUCGGGGAAGCUCUGGCAAGGACUGAAAUUUUCAUAUUCUUUGUCAACAUCUUGCAAAAGUUCAGUCUGAAGUCUCCUCCUGGGGAAGGGGGACCCAUUGAGUUGGCUGGAGGAGGGACGCGCGCACCCAGACCUUUCAACGUAUGUGCCGAAUGGCGCCUGUGAGAAGGACAUGGGGCAGUCGUUUGCUACACUAUGCAGGAUGCUUAUGGUUUUUACUUUUGGAAAUUUGGGGAAUAUUUUUGGAAAAAUGUGCGCUGCCUUCUUGUACUUCUUCAUUUCUACAGAACUAAAUUGUUAUUUUGUAAUACUGUAAAAUGCAUAUGAGACAAACGUAUUAUUUUUUUCUUGUAUAUUGAAUAUUAAAUGUUUUAAAUAUAAACGA